CACACACACACACACACACACACACACACACUGAACUGUCCCUGUCUUCUUCUUCAUUAAGGAAGCUGACUCGUGUCAGUCUGAGCAGCGCAGAGCAGCGCUGAGCAGCACCGAGGAGAACAGCAGGACCAGCACACAGAUAACCCAGAAGGCCAACAUGAGCGGCGAUACCCCGGCCCUGCACCUGGACGGCGUCCCCCCAGACAGGCUCAGGAAGGUGGAGCGGUACCUGGAGCCGUUCCGGCUCUCUCAGGCGAAGCUGCAGGAGGUCUCCGCCCGGCUCAGCAGGGAUCUGGUUCAAGGUUUGGGGAAGCAGACCCACCACACGGCGGCCGUCAAGAUGCUGCCCACCUUUGUCAGGGCCACACCCGACGGGACGGGUAAGUUCAGAUGA